CGCGUUCUCUCUUCACACGGGGUCGCCUCUGCAAAGUCCGAUCGGAGAAGCGGACAUGGACAAGGCGCUGCUCGGCUCAAUGUUUCUUGAUUCUCCUGACGUGCAGAGCAUGGUCCUUGACGUGUCCGCUUUGAUCCGCCUGAACGUCAUCGAGUCUCGGAACCGGCAGUGGGCCCCCACACAGACAAGCGACGCCGACGCCGAAGUGGAGAGGCAACGGCACACAGACAUGCAUCGGACGUAUCUGGAUUAUCUUCUGGUACUUUCCAAAUGCGCUGCCACCUUCCAACGGGAUGUGACCUGUUCACUCUUUGAUCGGUCACGGCUGCGGUUCACGGAAGCGGAUGGCUACGAAACUCUGCGUUGGGCUCUUCAUCAGCUGAUCGAUUCAGCGUUUGCCAAGACAGCGGACGAGACAGCGGACAACGUCGUCUUUGCUGCUCGUCAGAUCAUCAGCCAGUUUGCCCAGACAUCGGAAUAUCCAUGGUGGUCGCUGCGUGGUCUUGGGCCGUUCCUUGUCCGACAUCCGUCCCUCGCCGUCUCGGACCGAAAAUUUGACUCAAAGCAUCCUUACACCCGAUUCCUGUGCCACAAGCUAUGCGAGAGCUUGGAGCGGCGAUCAGCUCCCC